CCUCCAAGGCGGGAGGUGAUGUCACAGUACGCCUAUUAGAAGGCCUAUUGCUGUCAGCCACAUUUGCACCCACAUUAGCACAGGAGCAGGUCUAACUCGCUCCAGUGGAUCGGAAUCUCUCGGGAAUCUCCUUAGUAAUCAACUGAACACGCGAGCCCUGUGGACGCAGCCUUCUGCCUCGCUUUUCCCAGGGUGUUCUGAGCAGGGAACAUUCGCUCCAUUGACGCCGAUGGGACAUCUUUCUGCCUCCGCUCCGCAUACAUUAUUAUAAAUAACCGGUGGCAAAAGGCCAGCAACCCUACUCUAUCUCCCAGGGUGCAAUGCGUGCGUAGGUUUACGCUGUUCCCCCCAAGGCUGAGUUGAGCGUGCGCGCGAUUCUCCCUUCCUUGAGCGCCCUUCGGAGUUGCUGCUAUAGUUUUUUACGGGCGGCUGUGCCCGAUAGCCGACCUUAGCCCUAUUUUAGUUUUCGUGGGCUGCGUCCGCUGGCUCGUUUUCCCUCUGCGCUGUCAAAGCAGGAACUAGCCAGGGCCCUUUGCCGGUUGUCCCGUUUCUGAUGUCACUGGAAAGUAAAGAAGUUGCACCGCAGCUCUUACAACUUGUAGAAACGUUGGUGGUUUUCCCACUUUAGCUGCCGGGCCAUCAGGAACAAGAGUGACCAUCUUUUUCGGCCUGGUCAGGAGAAGUAUUGCCCACUGUAUGAUACUGGAAAUAGAUGGGUGUAAAGAAGCCUAUAAGUCCUCUUCCUCUGUAAGUUCUGCAUCUGUGGAUUGGAUGGCUUGCCUCAUUUGGCUUGUGAAAGCUGCUAGGGAGAAGACUGGAAGCUGGACCCAGGCUAUAGUCAAUACUUCUUUGGGAGAAGAUCUCACCAGCCCUGAAAAGCUGAUAUGACUCAUCCCUCAACAGGACUGGUGGAAGACAAUUUUCAUAGGAGAAGGCAUUGAUGAAGGGAAGACCAAGCAAGUGAAAGCAAAAUGUGGAUGUCGCUUGCCAAAAACAUGUUAAGGACAAAACUCUACAAAGACUCUUCUCGAGUUUUGCUGCAAACACCAAAGGACAAGCCGAGUUAUCAAAAGAAUUUUUCAUUGAGUAGGAAGCCUUGGUUACGUUCAGCAAGGGUAGUAACACAGGCAAUUCAGACCCUCAAUAUUGGCACAACUAUCCAGAAAGUAGAAACUUUAGAGAAAAAACAGUUUAUCUGUGUUCAUUGGGAAGAUGGCAGUGAGAGCCUUUACCCAUCGGUGUGGCUACGAGACAAUUGCCAGUGCCCAGACUGUUUCCUACACUCUGCUAAAGCACGCAAACUGCUUCUGGAAAAUCUAGAUAUCAAUAUCAACGUGAAGGAUGUCACUCUGACAGAACAGAAAAAGGUAAAUAUUGUAUGGCCAGAUGACCACACCAGUGAAUUUGAGGCCGAAUGGUUGAAGAAGAGAUGUUUUUCUGAUCAAGCUAGAGCAAAAGCACAAGAAGAAUUAUUUUUAUCAGAGCGCCAGUAUUGGGGUUCUGAUCUUGAGCUCCCUACUAUGGACUUUGAAGAGGUAUUGCACAAUGAUGAAAGUGCAUACAAGUGGUUGGUUACCCUUAAAAAGGUGGGAAUUGUGCUACUAAGGGGAGCUGCUAUUAAACAGGGAGAAAUUCUGAAGCUCGGGCAGCGCAUUGGAUUCCUUCGCCUCACAUUUUAUGGGCCUACUUGGCAAGUGCAAGACAAAAUGGAUGCCAACAAUGUGGCGUACACAUCUGAGAAGCUAAGUUUUCAUACCGAUUACCCUGUUCUACAAUUUCCACCAGGGAUUCAGUUUCUGCAUUGUAUAAAACAAACUUCUACUGGAGGGGAGAGUGAAGUUGUGGAUGGAUUUCAUGUAGCCAAUAAGUUUAAGGAGCAAAAUCCUUAUGCCUUUAAAAUCUUGACCUCUACAUUUGUAGAUUUCACAGACAUUGGAGUUGAUUACUGUGAUUUUGCCAUGCAAUCCAAACAAAGAAUUAUAGAUGUAGAUGAAAAGGGCCAAGUGGUUCGUAUCAAUUUUAACAAUGCAACCAGAGAUACAAUAUUUGACAUACCUGCAGAAAAAGUAAAGCCAUUUUAUGCUGCUCUCAAGGACUAUGUUGAUCUCCUAAAUAGCACGGAUUAUAAAUAUUCAUACAAAAUGAAGCCAGGUGACGUAGUAGUAUUUGAUAAUUGGCGUUUACUUCAUGGUCGGCAGAGUUACCAGGCAGGAGCAGAAAUAUCCCGUCAUCUUGAAGGAGCCUAUGCAGACUGGGAUGUAAUAAUGUCAAGGCUCCGAAUUUUACAAAAGAAUGUUCUGAGGAGACAAAGCUUUUGUCGCUUGGCCUAAUGAGAACUCUUAAUCUUUGCUGGGAUUGGAUGUUUUUUCCAUAAAGGAAAAUGUACUUGAUAUAUUUCCAGUUUAUUCUGGACAUUCCUGAAUAAACUAGGUCAGUGGUGAUGAACCUAUGGCACGGGUGCCAAAGGCGGCACUCAGAGCCCUCUCUGUGAGUACGUGCACCGUCGCUCCAGUCCUAGGCCUUCAGCUGGGUUUUAUAAAACCUUUUCGCUUUAGGCC